AUGUGUGGAUCUGUCCCGUGGUCCAACCUGUCACAACGAGUGCAUCUCUUGGUCACCCCUGUCAUAGCAAUGAGAGCAUCUGUCUCACAGACCCCACUCCCAAGUCCCAGCUAUACGCAGUCUAUAUUGUUACUCUGUCACGCUCUCUCUGGUGGUCUCUGCGACCAGAAUGUCUAUCCCUUCCUGGGAACCCUAAUAGUCCACGAGCUGGACCCUGAAUAUUUCCAGCAGCAAUUUCCGUCCAUUAAAAAUAAUUACGGAGUUGAUCGCACCGACCCUAUCACGUUCCGGGCCAACUUAGAAGGCUUUCCCGACCUGCCCGGAUGGCUGCGUUAUACCCAGCGAUCCCCCUUUCACGAAGCUUUUCUGUACGGCUCCCCAACAGAGCCAGGGAAACAGAUUAUAGAGGUGACUGCCUAUAACCGUCACACAUCUGAGACCUUCCGAGAGCGGCUGAUUUUCAACAUUGACCCUACAACAGGAUUACAGACCCCAUUCCAGGCAGAGUUUUUGAUCCGGAAUUUGAACAUAGAAGAGAUGCUUCCUCCAGAAACCCAGCUUGAUUUCCAAGCGCCUCUUCAAGAUGUAUGGGGCCCCCAGCGGCUGACUGUUGUGAAUAUAACGUCUGCAUUAGACAGGGGGGGACGAGUACCGCUCCCACUGCGAGGACUCAAAGAGGGGGUUUAUAUUAAGGUGGGGUCUGAUGUACCCUUCUCGGGGUGCCUGCUGGAGUCCCAGAGCCCUCACGUACAGAAGCUGUGUCAGGCGGGAGGACAGCCGAUAGUAUCAUGUUAUGACCGCUUUGCCGAGUAUUUCGACAUAGACUGGUGCAAUGUCAGCCUGAUAUCUGACUCUGAAUCACCCUCCGUGCGUCCUGAACGUGGCUCGGGUAUUCUAGAUGAUGGAAGUGAGUUUAAUCCACCCUCGAAGACGCUGGAAGACACUCACUACCUCUCUGAUUACCUGCUCACUAUGCUCAUUCCCUCCUUAAUUGCGUUACUCCUCUGUGCGUUCCUUUGCUACAUCAUGUGCUGCCGCAGAGAGGGGAUACAAAAGAGAGAUGCCGAAACCUCGGACAUCCAGCUAAUUCACCAGCAGAGUAUCUUCUCCAACACGGAAGAACUACGGCACAUGGCAUCAAACCGCGACGUCCCGCGUCCUCUCUCCACGCUUCCCAUGUUUAACGUCCACACGGGACAGAGAGUGAACCCCAGUGACCUGUGUGAGGACAGUUCCCGUGUGCCUCUCAUCCUCUCGCAGCAUUGAGCUCAUCUACUUUCCCGGCGUAAAAAGGUUGAAUGAUAUGUAAGGGGCCGAUGUGAGGAUGGCCCGGCCUGGAGAGCGAUUUCUGUGUGAGCGGCGCGGGCGACAUUUUAUUGCAUUGCGUGACUCUUGUUCUGGUAAUAAACAGGCAAACGAAC